AUGAAUUCUCUAGGAAUUUGGACUUUAGUAAUAAUUUUGUAUCAAACGGUACUAUGCGUUAUAAUUAGCUGGCUGACUCUUGACUGCAAAUUAUCUCCUUCAUCAUCCGAGCUAAGUGAAGUGACAUUGAUCAAGCUACUAUACCUGUACGAACCUGAGACUUGCGAGCGCACGUAUUUCUAUAACUACAGCGUGAAGAUUUCAACAAACACGUACAUUUCGACCGCCAUUUGGCCUGUGAAGAACACCGUCGCAGAGAGCUUUCGUUUUAAGAUUCAAAUAUGGCUUACGCUGCACGUGCUGUGGUUUCUGCUGGCCUUAGCGAACUUGACCCAGAACCGUCCGUGCGGGUUCUACGUGGCCCUGUUACCGUUCACGUGUACCGGGCUGAUCAUGCUGGUGGUCGAUGUCGUGCACACUGUAAUCUUUAUACGAGACCUUUCAAAAACUUCCACCGAGGAGCAAAUUUUCGACUACAUCACGACUGGUGACGGCUACAUGGGCUUUGUCACAAAGACAUAUCGCUGGCACGUAACAUCAUUCCACGCAACCAAACUGCCCGAAGAUACGUCUUGGAUCGCCGUGCUCAUGGCCUACGCAAGCUGUAGGGGCGUGGUACAGUGGAUCAUUAAUUUCUGGAUCGUUAAGGACAACUAUUUCGAGGGUCUUGCUGCCUAUCGCCGUUUGCAAAGCGACAAGUCAAGCAAAAGAAGAAAAAAAAGCUAUUAA